UAAACAUAGAAAAUUUCUAUACGCUAAUUUACAAUUAAACACAGAUGUACAACGACUAAGUUCGUAUCUUUUAUACGACACGUAUGAGCAUUUUUUGAAAAAUUUGAGCAUUUACGCAUUACGCAAACAUCCCUAGGAAUUCAUAUGUUCUUUCCCUAACAAUUAUUUCGGAAUGUGGUAACAGGCAAAGGGGGUGGGAAUAAUAAACGUUAGGCGUGUCGGCGUCUGUUUUUUAAUACAUUAAUAGAAGAUCGCAUUGAAAAACGCAUCUUUGUCAUAAUAUUUAUUUUACGGAUGGUACGAGGUCGAUUACACGAGAAACUCACUGCCAAUUUUAAGAUGUCGGAAGUGCAAAAAAUAUUAUGCACGGAGAAUGCCCUUAAGAUUCUCUAUCCAUAGCGUACUGUUUUAUUAUUCGACAGUUUCGAUUUUACUAUUGUGAUAUAGUACUGCGUAUAUGUGGCUGGCGUUUGGUUACGAGUGGAAGAGGGUAUGUUCUUAUGGGGUAGCAGGAAGGCGGUAGCCUUUGCCGGGGAAUGGAGACGGAGAGCGUAAAGUCGGGGGCUAGUGAGCAUAGCCAUAGCCAUCAUAGCAGGACAUCCCAAAAACACCAUCGAACUCACAGUUCCAAAUCCCAUCAUAGACAGCACUCGCAUCGAAGUACCCGGACCAGUCGUAGUCAAAGGAAAGAGAGACAUAAUUUAGAUUCUAGCGAAAUGGCUCCCUUUCAAACAACUGUUAAUGUAAGAGGCGAUAGUGUUGACAAUUUGGGUCAAGAAGUUAUCGAAGUACAGAUUCUGCCACAAGAUGAAAAUUGGGGUGAGAACACCACAGCUAUUACUGGAAAUACUUCCGAUAGAUCAGAAUCAACUGAAGAUGUGAGCCAUUGGCCAAAUGAAAACGAUGGAUCGUUUAGUUCCUGUAAUCGGUUCGUGGGUCCUGUUAUAGCAAUGAUAAUCGGACUUAGCGCCUUUCUUAGUCCUAUAGCUAUGGUCAUACUGCCUAAAUUAGGGUUUUUUCCUGACUCUAUAACAGUCUUGACAAUGCAACAGAAACUACAGUUGUUAUCGUGUAAUGCAGAGUGUAAAGGCCAAUUACUAGGUUUAGCCUUUAAGCUGGUGCUACUAGGUGUCGGGAGUUGGGCUGUAUUUUUACGCUCACGAAAUGCUACUAUGCCUCGUAUAUUUUUAUUCAGAACUGGAGUGUUACUUCUUACUACGCUGUGCAUUUGUACUUAUUGGCUAUUCUAUGUUGUUCAGGUCACAGAGAGUGCUAAGACUGCUGCUAAUGGUGAAAUAACAGAGUACAAAAAUUUAGUAAAUUAUGCUGGAACUCUUGCAGAUACUCUAUUAUUCAUACAUUAUAUUGCUAUAUUGCUCAUUGAAAUACGUCAUCAGCAGCCUGUGUUUUAUCUUAAAGUUGUAAGAUCACCAGAUGGCGAAUCGCGAUCUUACGCAAUUGGGCAAUUAUCGAUACAGCGGGCAGCUGUAUGGGUUUUAGAAAGGUAUUACACAGAAUUUCCUAUCUAUAACCCAUAUUUAGAAAGACUGCCUGUGUCAAAGUCUGGUAGAAAACAAUCGAGCUUCAAAUUUUAUGAAGUCGAUGGAGGAGUAACAAGUGGUGUUCAAUCGCGAGGAGGUAGCGGUGACAGAGCAGUCAUAACUACUCAAACCCGUCGCAGGGACUCUAGCCACAAUGAACGGUUUUACGAAGAACAUGAUUAUGAACGUAGAGUAAGAAAGCGUAGAGCAAGAUUAAUCACUGCCGCCGAGGAAGCAUUUGCACAUAUUAAACGUUUACAUUCAGAGGUGGAUUCAACUCCAAAUCCUGGUCCCAUGGAUCCUAUGGAAGCUGCGCAAGCAGUAUUUCCAUCAAUGGCAAGAGCCUUACAAAAAUAUUUGAGAGUGACGCGACAACAACCGCGUCAUUCUGUUGAAUCUAUUUUAAAUCGGCUUGCACGGUGUUUGGCACAAGACGCGGCACCGCGUGCAUUUUUGGAACCUUUUUUUGUAACCAGUCCUGUUCUUUCGAAUGAGAAGGAAAGACAGAAACGCUCGCAUCAUUGGGCCUUAGUCUGCGAGGGAGAGUUACCUUCACGAUCUCUUGCUAAUGGCUGCGAAUUUCAAUUAAGACAAGGUGAAGUAGCUCUUUUAUGUACAGCAUAUCACUUACCACACUUUCAUCUCACGGAACAGCUUGCACAUCCGAAAUCCAAUAAAUUCCUAUUAAGAUUAAAUUCUGAGACAUCGGUCUAAUAAUGCUUUAAAAUUUCUAAAAUGUUUUGAGAUAAUCUGCAGUUAGAAAUUUGUAUUUUUUAAUGGAUAUAAAAAUUCAUUAUAAACGAGUAGAUUUUUACUGUAUAUAUUUAAAAGAACUCCACAGUAAUAAAUUUGUAAGUAUUGUGAAUUGAAUAUAAUUAUAGCAAGCAAAUACAAAUGCAGCAUAGUUUUUUAGAGUAUAUUUUCAGAUGAAUAGAAAUUUUGCAAACGGCAAAAUAGUUUUCUAUGCGCUACCAUAAAAAAUGUUCACAUUAAUGAAAUUAUUUAUAGCCUUUCUUCACUACGAAUAAUUGAAGGAUAAAGAAACAAUGUAAGUUUUGCAUUUGUAAUUUUAGAUAAAACAUUCAAUUCUUCAUAUCAUGAACUCAUAUAUAUUUAUUUAUUUCAUUAUUUUGCAUAUCAUUUAUAAAGAAUAAAAAUAAGCUUAUUGUAUUUCAUAUAAAUUUUGCAUAAAAUAAUCAAAACGUGUUAGCUAGUUUCUGGUAAACCUAUAAUUGGGAGCAUUUUAUUAUUUUCGAAUUUUAUGUGGAAUAUUUUUGUUUCGAUUAAAAACAUACGAAAUCACAAAUAUUAUUGGAAUAAUUGAACAAAUACAUGAAAUUACAGUUGGAACAAUAGUAUAGUGAAACUAUAAACAGUAACAGUAAAUAUACAUCACAAGAUAUUCUUUUUAUUUAUUUAAUUGUGAAAGAAAAACGUCAAAGCGAAAUAUUCUAAAUAGGAAGAAAUAUACAUUCCUGCAGUAUAUUUAUAUAAUGUUCUGUUUAUGAAUAUAAUUAUGCAUUAAUAUUUACUGCAGAUAAGACACGAUAUCUGUAUUAUUAUAUACAGUCCAAUGAUUCAAAGUUUCUUCCAUGACAUCUCAUUAAGGUUCUUUUUUAAAUAUAAUAUUAUGUAAUUAAUGUUUUGUAUAAUUUAUAAAUUUGGUUACUUUUAUAUUAUUUUUAGAAAUUAAUAACUUUACAAUUGUUAAGUAAGUAUCUCAAGUACUUAAGGAAUGCCUGUUAGCUUUAAAAUAUAUUAAUAGCUCUCAGUUGUGAUAAACAAAUAAGAUUUUGAAUACUUGUUUACACAAGUUUACAAUUCUCUUAUAAUUCUCAACUACAUGAAUAACAAAACAUGAAAUUUACUGUAAUAGACUAUGUUGAUCAUGGCAUAAUUUCCUUUUUCUUAAACAAUAUCCAAAAAUAUCUUAAUAUUGUGUACAAUUGUUGCAACAAAUAUUGAAGGAAUCUUUUAAUUUUGGCUAAAUUUGUUUUAGUUCAUUAUUUUAAUACUUCAAUAUUUUCCUGUUGUGUCUAGAUAUUAAUUUGCUCAUAUCCAUCAUUAGAAACCGCACAAUAGUCAAUGUAUGUAUGUACUUUUUAAAAGUAUUUGAAUGUUUUACAUUGUUCACACAUAAUUUUAUAUAUUCAAUGAUAUUGACUGUGCUGAUUGUGAUUGUGGUUAUAAUCAUGAUCAACUUGACUACUGAUAUUAUGUUAAUUUUACUGUAUGUCUUUUGUAUUAAAUUGUUAUUAUUUUACAACAUGUCAUUUUACAAGGCUGAUAGUAUGUUACUGUAUUUGUGACUGGGUUUGCUUUUGAGAUAAAUGUACAGUGAACAUUAAAAAUAUUGUCUGAUAUAUAUAUAUAUAUAUUAUCACAAAUGUACAAUGAGGCAAUUAGUGGAACAGUAAACUUGUUAUGCUAAAAAAUUUUAGUGCGCUAAUGCUCAUCUUCCGCAUUCCUGUUCAUUACUUCAAUUUGGAUAAAAAAAAAAUGAAGUAAUUUAAUAUGACAAGUGCAAAUUCAUACAUGCCUAAGAAGUAUUUAACAUAUCACAAUUUAGUAAUAUAAAAUGUAUAUUGCUUGCCUCUGCUCAUAAAUUAUAUUAUUUAAGAUUGUAUUGAGUUAAGCAUACUUAAAUAUGUCAGAUGAUAUAAACAGUGUGUCGAAAGAAUUUUACAUUCUUACGAACAUGGAAUGUUACUGUUGUGAGUAGCUUUAUUUACAAACUUUUUAAUUAUCUGUGAGCAUAAUGAAUGUAUUAAUUGGUAAACAAAACAUACAUUUAAUGUAUAAAUAUUAAUUUUCUGGUAUAAUUCUUUUGGAUAUGGUGUAUUGUAUUCUUUAUAUUCUAUGUAGAAUAUAAUAUGUUAACGGCUUAAUUUUAUAAGUUAUUACCGUACUUUGUAAAGAAUCAUACGCACAAAAUAGAAUUCUAAUUAUAUAAAAUGAAACGUAAAGAAUAAAGAAAUAAAAUUGUUAUUUAUACAUCUCAAAUUGCUUUACAAAAAAGUAUUCGAGUGUAAGGUGUGUGUUUAUAAUAAUAUAUGAAAUAUAAGAAACAAAUGAACAUUUCUGUCUACAUUUUAU